AUGAUCGAUCUUCUCCACAACGCCGUCGGCCUGCUCCUUCACGAUGCCAUCGCGUGCUCCUUCCUCAAUGACACCGUCGCCUUGCUCCUCCUUCUCCACGACGCCGUCGUGCUCGUCCUCCUCAACGACGCCGUCAACCUGCUCCUUCUCCACGAUGCCGACGCGCUCGUCCUCCUCAGCGGGGUCGUCGCACUGCUGCUUCUUGGGCUCCAUAGCUUCUCAACCAGCAAUGGCGGAGGUGAGCAGGCAACCUGUACUACUACGUGUUUGCUUUUGAGGACGGCAAGUGGAACGUUACGCACUGCCCCGGCCCUCGGGAGCAUGCGUACGAACUACGGAGUAAAGGCCGGCGUUAUGAAGCGUGCUGGAGAAACGAGGCGUUGGAUGGGCGCGGGGGCGGCCGGCACCCCGCUUCCAUCGUCGAAAGCGCUCGACGUGAGAGGCGGCGGCGGCGGCCGCCUGCUCAAGUCCGCGACAUUCCUGUCCCCACCCUUCUUCCUGCGGCCCGGCUCCGUCGCGAACAAGUACUACCACGACAUCUCCUUCCCGAGGGGCCACGUCGCGGUCAAGAGCUUCAAAGGCGAGGUCGUCGACGAGCGCGGCGCCCCCGUGCCCCUCCACGAGACCUACGUCCACCACUGGGUGGUGCGGCCGUACUACGCCGCGGAGAACGCCACCGCGCGGCCGGCGACGAUCCUGAAGCAGAACGCCGGCGUGUGCGAGGGCGACACGCACGGGCAGUACUUCGGGCUGGGGUCCGAGACCAGGCGCACCGCGACGUGGUUGCCCGACCCGUACGCCGUCGAGGCCGGCGACCCGGCGGCGCCGCCGGAAGGGUACGUGGAGAGGUGGAUGCUCAACGUGCACGCCAUCGACACGCGGGGCACGGUGGACAAGGUAGCGUGCACCGAGUGCAGGUGCGACCUGUACAACGUGACGGUGGACGAGCACGGCCGCGGCAUCCUCGGGGACUACGCCGGCGGGUUGCGCUGCUGCUACGACCAGCCCCGGUGCAAGGUGGAGGAAGGGUUCGCUGGCGGCGAGGCGAGGAAGCUCUUCUUCCGAGCCAUGCCUGUGGGUUGCAUGGUUGAGUACGACGUGGAGGAGUGCAGCGCAACAGAGAAGCGAGCCAAGAGCGACUGCGUGCACGUGAAGGAGACCAAGCAGGACGGGCGUCUGCUGUGCAAGUCGACCCCGAUCUACGGCGGUGGGGUGGAGGCCGGCGACGAGGCGGGCUACAUCGUUGGCAUGACGACGUGCUACCCGAAGCCGGGCACCGUCAGAGUGCGCGACGGCGAGGUUCCCACCGUCGUGUCCAACUACAGCAGCGAGCGGCGGCACACGGGCGUCAUGGGCCUCUUCGCAGUCCUCGUCGCCGACCGGCCGGAGCAGCAGCCAGCAGCUCCAUCAUCAUCGGUGUCGAGCAACCUGCUGUGA